AUGAACGUCACAAUCGUGUUCCGUGCCGUUUCGAAGGACCAUGCAGACGGUAAGUUCAUAUUUUCUGAUAUUUUGAAAUUAUUCUCUUAUUUGCAGAUACCUUCACUAUGCUACACAUGAGCAGCUCGGCUGAUAUUUUAGAGAUUCUUCAGGCCAAAAGCAACUCCGGUCAAGGCCUGCUAUUAGUGGUGAGUUUUAACAAAUUCUGCUAUUUUCUAAACUUCACAAUUACAAUUAUCUGUACUUACAUUAGCCUCGCGAAAAGGUGGCAAUCCAGCUCCGCUAGACUCUUCCAGCGGCCGAGGUUCUACUUCUCGGACAAUUGAAAAACAACACAAAAAUUAUGACCUGGCCGAAGUCUUACACAGCGGCCGAGGCCUGAGUCUAAUGGAGCGGAAUUGUCACCUUUUUGCGGGGCUAAUAACGGUCCUAUUGUGACAUUUGUGCAGAGCUUUAAAAAAAGACAAACUUCAGUCCCAAUUUAAGGUGAUUCACUCGAAAUUGUUCGGCAAAUUAUGCAUUAUCCGAUAAUGAUGGGACACAAGUUUUGCUUGGAAUGUAUAUCGAGAGAAUUACUUUAAAAUUGUCCUAAAGUGCGAAAGUUCUGAACUUCUGCCUUUUUUCAACGUAUUUCGACAAAAAAACUCGAGAAAUACUCUAAAUGAAUGGUUUUCCAUUAGAAUUUAAACUUUUUAACUUUUCAGAAGACGUGCCCGAUCGUGGAGAUUCUUUCAGAACUUGGGUACUCUGGACAAGUACUGAGAGAAGCCAGCAGAAGGAUACACUGUCGUGCAAAUCCAACCAGCUUGCAGAUCUUCCAUAUUGGAGCCGAUUCGCUCAUAGUUUUGUCCAUGAUCGUGACGGCGAAUGCUUUAGAGCCGGCUCACGGAGCCCUCUAG